CUCCAAUCCUAUAAAGGGAGGACACCCGCCGCCCGCCGGGCUGGCAUCCCCGAGCCGCUGGUGUCCCGGCCGCGCGGAACCUGCGCUGCCUCUGAGGGGCGAGGAGCCAUGACCCUCCGCCGACUCAGGAAGCUGCAGCAGAAGGAGGAGGCGGCAGCCGCCCCGGACCCCGCCGCCCGUGCUCCCGACUCGGAGGUCGCUCCCGCCGCUCCGUCCCCGACCCCAGCCUCGGGCCCCCGGGCUGCAGCCGCCAGCCCUGGGGCUCCUGGGGACGAGCUGUACGCGGCGCUGGAGGACUGUCACCCGGCCGAGCUGUAUCGCGCGCUCGCUGUGUCCGGGGGCACCCUGCCCCGCCGAAAGGGCUCAGGACUCCGCUGGAAGAAUCUCAGCCAGAGUCCUGAACAGCAGCGGAAAGUGCUGACUUUGGAGAAGGAGGAGAACCAGACCUUCGGCUUUGAGAUCCAGACUUACGGCCUUCACCACCGAGAGGAGCAGCGUGUGGAGAUGGUGACUUUUGUCUGCCGGGUUCAUGAGUCCAGCCCUGCCCAGCUGGCUGGGCUCACACCAGGUGACACCAUCGCUAGUGUCAACGGCCUGAACGUGGAAGGGAUCAGGCAUCGAGAGAUUGUUGACAUCAUCAAGGCUUCUGGCAAUGUUCUAAGGUAUGUCCAGGUGUCUGUGGGCUGCCAGGCUUCUUUUAGCCCUGACAGUCUUGAUGACAGUCUUGGUGUCAGUGCUUCCUCGCCCUGGGGGCUCACUGGGCCUCUGAUUUCCCAACCCCCUCAGACUGGAAACUCUGUAUGGGACUUCGAUUCGGAAAGCGGAACUGGAGGCACGCCUACAGUACCUGAAGCUCCUGACAGGGAAGUGGGGUGUGUCUUGCAGCAAACCCUGUAUGAGAAGUGGGGAGAAUACAGGUCCCUGAUGGUGCAGGAGCAGCGGCUGGUGCACGGCCUCGUGGUGAAGGACCCGAGCAUCUACGACACGCUGGAGUCUGUGCGCUCCUGCCUGUACGGGGCGGGUCUGCUCCCAGGCUCGCUGCCCUUUGGGCCUCUGCUGGCAGCGCCCCGAGCCCCCCGUGGGGGCGAGCGGCGGGCCGGGGGCGACGCGGACGACGCUGUCUACCACACGUGCUUCUUCGGGGGCGCUGACCCACCCGCGCUGCCGCCGCCGCCGCCGCCGCCGCCUGCCCGUGCAUCCGUCCGCGCUGAGCCGCCUGCCUCGGCCCUGGGGCCCCGGGCAAUGCUGAGCCGCAGCGCCAGCGUGCGGUGCGCGGGCCCCGGGGGCGGGGGCGGCGGGGGCGCGCUGGGCGCGCUCUGGACUGAGGCCCGCGAGCAGGCCCUGUGUGGCCCUGGCCUGCGCAAAACGAAGUACCGCAGCUUCCGUCGGCGGCUGCUCAAGUUCAUCCCCGGACUCAACCGCUCCCUGGAGGAGGAGGAGAGCCAGCUGUAGGGGCGGGUGGGCAGGGGAAGGUAUUUAUUUAUUUAUUCGUCCCAGCAAAAAGGGGGCGGGGGAGGGAGGCAGAUACCCAGGCAGACAGGACCCCAGGAUCCCAGAGCAGCGGGAGAGGGUCCUUGUCAGCCCCAGACAGCUGGUUCCUGGCCUAUCUCUGCUGAGCCACGAACGCAGGCCCCAGACCGUUCUACUGCUCCUACCCUAAACCACAGUGUUAGGCGGGGCAGGGAGAACCAGGAGAGCUCCGGGUUGCAAGAGGUUUGGGGGCAAAGAUGGGCUGUUCAUCCUACAUCUGGGUCAGUAGUGCCUUGUGGGAUGUCCAGGAAAACUCCCGCCAUGUGUGGCGGGGAACCCUGUCCCACAAAGCCCUCUCCUCAGCUUUACUUGCUCCCCACCCUUGGCCUUGGGGACAAAUGGCCUAUGGACAAUCAUUCUCCCAUCCUUCACACGCACAUACACUGUUCCAGUUAACCAGUGGGUCCCUGAAGGGGCCUCAGGUGCUGGUCCUCCUCCUCCCGGCCUUGACCCCUAAGGGCUUGGCCCCUUCUAGGGGCCUGUAACUAAGUUGGGUCCUGCUGGGCAGGGGUCCUGGGUUCUCUGCCCCUCGGGGAACAGGAAUGGCCACGUCCAGGUUGGGUGGGGGCAGCACAGACUGUUCCGCCGUUUUGCAUAUUGUUGCUUCUGAACCACUAACUGUAUAAAAUUGAUGGUUUUUUGCA